AUUGUCAAUAAAAUUAUUAAGAUUUGUCCAGCUCAAUGAGCUCAAGCAUACUGGUGGCUUACUGUAAAAGUUUUGUUAUUGAUUAUAAUUGUAAAUAUUAAGAAAACGAGUAGAUUUUUAACUAUUGCAAUGAGCUCAAUUCUAGCAGAAUAUGUUUUAUGGAAGUCCAUUAGACAAAAACGCGAAGAUGAAUACGAAAAUCAGGAAUCACAGUUUUCAUUAAGAAAAUCUGACGAGAUUGUAUUUCCGAAUGAGAUGAUUUGCAGAGUCUGCACUAGCCCUGCUGACAUACCUAUCACAAGUAAAAUUGAUGGAAUUAAUAUUUCGUGUGCAAUUAGAACUGUAUCUUACAUUUGGGUAAGUAGUACAGAUUCUUACCCAAAAUAUAUCUGUAAGAACUGCUUAGAAGAACUGAAAGUGGCCUUAGCCUUUAAGAAAAAAUGUGAGGCUUCAGAUUCAUGGUUUCGCCAAACACAAUCCAGAAAAGCUUCAUCAGAUUCAUGGUUUCGCCAAACACAAUCCAGAAAGACUUACAAUCAUGCCGCCUCAAUCGUGAAGCAUGAUUUCACCUUUCUCAUUAAUCAAAUGAUGGAAAGAAGAUCCAGCCAGCUUGCUAUUAAGAGAGAACAUGGGAGUAGUGAAAGUAAGAAAGUCAAUGUGUGGGGUCUUACAGAAAACAAUGUAGGAAAUAAGGACACAUCUAAGAAAAUAAUAAAAUGCCAAAGGUGUGACCUCACAUUUGAUUCAAAGGAAUUGUUGAAAGAGCACCGUGUCAAGCAAAUCUGCAUUUGUCCUCCUUGUCCAAUAUGUGGGAAACUUGUCUCCAACCUGGGAAGACACAAGAAAACUGUACAUUUGCGGACUGAGAAGUACACCUGUCACAUUUGUGGCAAAAUAUGCUACACAGCAGGAUCAUUGAGGAAUCACUUGUUAUUACACUCAGACAAAUGUAAUUUCCCCUGCCCAUUGUGUCCAUACAAAGGCAAGCAGCAGGCUUACCUAACUCUUCACAUGAGAAUACACACAGGCGAGAGGCCCUACUUGUGUUCCGAGUGUCCUGCAAAGUUCGUCAACCCGAGCAACCUGAGGAAACAUCAGCUGACGCAUUCUAGUAAAAAGUUUGAGUGUAGUAAAUGCAAGAAACAAUUCCGGUUAAAGAAAUCACUACAGGAACAUUAUGAUGCUGCCCAUUUAAAUGUUAGAUACAGAUGCACUGUUUGUGGUCGCGAUUUAUGGACAAGGCGGAAACUGCUGAGUCAUGAGUUAAGAGUCCAUAACCGUGAAAAACAUAAAUUGUAUAAAGAAGUGCAUAAAGUUGUCCUUAAUGAUAAAAAUGAUUGAGUAUAAUACUGUAAUUAUAUGUAUAUUAUGAUGCUUACACAGGGCAUUAUAAUCAGACCUUAAUUAUUUUUUAUUUAUUCAGUUAACCCUUUGACCGCCGUUGUCCGGUAUAGAAGACAACGAUAGAACGAUACGCUGGCGCCGUCGUCUUGUAUACAAGACACAAAUUCAACCACUGAGUUAAUGGGAAAAUAAUAACAAUUGCAAUUUCAUUUACACUCGUGUUCAUAUUUAAGGUCUUUGUUUUUUCAUUUAUUUGCUUUUUAAGCCGCUAUAUAAAUCCCUUCUUUUAUAAUAAGGCAUUUAAAAAAAUUGCUCCAAUUUUCAACAUUUUUCAUGUUCCUCGUCGCCGUUGUCUUGUAUACAAGACAGCUAGGGAUGGGAAUGUUAACUCGAUAUGGGAAUUUUUAAAGUAAAUAUAAAGUCAGAAAUAUGUUUUUAUCUAAAUAUUUGAACACUUGUUAAUCGCCAAUUUUUUUCAACGAGUAGUAGGUAUAACUACUUACGAGUACUAGAAUACGUAGAACGAGAGUCAGAUAGGCAUAACUAUAUUUAAAGUUCAGGCAGCUUCUUUAGUUCUAUAAACUAGAGUCAGACAAGUAAAUUUGCCCUUGUAGAUUGUGGACUAUUUAAUUGCAGAAGAGAUAAAUAAAAAAAAAAAUUGAUGUUCUUUUAUAGCUUAGUGGGAAGGGAUACACCGCAGCGACCGCUUCGCACAAGAGUGGUACAGGGACAUACCUGUUUAUCAGACUUUAGUUUUUUGUUAUAACAUUGAAGUUAAUGUGUAAUUUUUUUAUAACAAGUCGUUGAACGUUUUUUUGAUGAGUUUACCUAUAUUAAUGUAAACUAAACUGAAAUUUAAUUAUAGAGUCUAAUUCCGGAAUAAUAUCUUCACUCAUUAAAAAUUCAACCCACGUGUAAUUUUCACUAAAACAGUUCCGGUAUAUUGACUUUAUCGACACAUGAUGCGCAGCUUUAACGUUACGCCAAUAAAGUUUACGUACCGACAAGCGCUUACGCCGUUGACCUAGAGACUAUUAUUACUUGAUCCGCGCGGAAACAGUCCUUGUCGAUCUGCACUGCGGGCAGUCCAUGCGCGCCGUUGUCUUGUAUAAAAGACUUCUCGUACAGCCUAGUGCGGCGAUAUCACGUCUUGAAUCGACAUUGUUUAGUGGUUGUUUUUUAUGUUAAAUCCCUAUAUUUUAAACAUUUUCGGGUGUAAAACAUAUGUUUAAUUUUGGCAAUUUGGAAUUAAAUUAAAACAGGAUAAGAACAAAGCUAAAUUAAAAAGAUUUUUACCAUAAAUUGUAAAUAUCGAUAUCACUAUUUGCAAUCCCUAAACUUUUUAUUAGUUGUUUACUUAAAAUUUGCUCUGGCGUGUGAGUGAGCGUCUUUGCGGACUAGGUCCGGCGGCCAAAAGGUUAAAAUGUAAUUCAAUGUCUAGAUAUAAUAUUUAUUAAUAUGUUCUAUGAAAUAAAAUAAAUGUCAA